AUGUAUGUUUGUUUAAUAUUAAUUUUAUCAAGCCAAGUAUUCGCAAAUUACGCUCCGGAAAAUGAGUCUCCGAAUGUAGGUACAGUUCUGUUUAAACAUUCGGAUAGCAAUUCAAAAAGAUGGACGCGAUCCAGAAUAAGUUUGCUGCAGGCUAGAAAACAUUUUCAGAAGCUAAUACCAUCUGCGUACCUAGCUGGAACGAUAAACGAAAGAUAUGUAGCUAAUUUAUUUCAAUACUUCCAAACAUCUUACACAACGGUGAAGAGAGAAGUAAAGAAUCCAGCAAUGUAUAAUAUAAUGAACAUUGCUCUGUCAGAUGCUCUAGGAGGAUAUCUUAAACUGUGGGUCCUACCGAUAACUAAAUACGCGUACUACGGCGGUACAGUCUCAUUAGAAAGAGCUGCAAGUAUCUUCCAAGUAUACGAUGAUAUAAAAGCUAAAUUAAAAACAGACGGCCGAGGCUGGCGCAGUCCAAAUGAGAACUUACUCAACUCUGUCGCCAUCAAUAUUGCGUCUCCGAUGCAUUUCUUCUACACAAGGAGCAUGAAAGAACCUUGCAAAGAAUUAACAUAUCUAGAAAAGACCGACUCAGGCUUAGCUAUUCCGCUACCAGUAAUAAAUUGGAGCCUGUCACCAUCUAUGUUAUUCGUGCCUUUAAAAAACCAGUCACUGAUCUCAGUAACGUCUCCCAACUCAUCCAAAACUAUACUCAAAUAUUACGAUAUCGCUAACAAAUGUAUUAAAACUCAAAGUCCACAGAAACUAGAUGAAUUCAAUGCUAGAUUUCAGACGUGGUUAGUAAACGACGUGGCACCACAUUUAAAUGAUGAUAAUUUGUACGUAGCGUUUGGAGGCAUUCUUAUACUGAUGAACCGAACUAAAAAUUUCUAUAGCAAAGUAACAGACGCUUUGGAUGACAACUUAACAAAAAUUAGAAAUAAAAUGAUCUCACUAGGAGUACCAAUAAACUGUAUGUCUACGAAAUAUAUGAUUGUAUACACAAUACUGCUGAUAGAAAUAAUAUGCAUUUUGAUAGCCGUGAUCUGUGCCAUACGUUCAAGACGAAAGAACAAACGGGCGUUCUUCAAGAAAUGCUUUAAAAAAUUUUUCAAGAGGAAACAUAAGUUUAACAUCAAUCAAGUUUCUACAGAUUCAUCCAAAAAUCGUUAUAUGAGUGACCAUUCUUACAGAGAUAAUAAAGGUUCGGGAGGUGUUAAAUUGCUGCUGAAGCCGAGACCGAGGAAUUUGGAAGUAGAUGUUCAUUUUCCGCCCUAUGACUGUAGGAUGAGAAGGAGUUAUAGCAGCCAGUCCAAUAACAAGAGCGCCAGCGAACAACUGACUCUCGUUAAUGAAGUCCCAAGAAAAUCAUCAUUGAAGAAAAUUUUGCCAGAGUUCGGAUCAAACUUUAUGGACCUACAAGAUGAAUUUUCAAAUUCACAAAUAAAUAAUAUAUACCAGAAUGUGAACGAGAUGAGAGAAAGGUCCAUUACAUCAAGGGAGAUCAUGGAAACAAAUAAAAGUAUUACUCCCGUAAAAGAAAACCGAAAAUCUACAAAACAAACGCUAUACUCCCAGGAGGUAGUUACAUUAAAACCUCCCACUACGAGAACGACGUCUGACUGCAAAAGUUGUCUGGCAUCGGGAAUUAAAAAGAAAUACUCUGGCUCUGAAGACUGCACCGGCCCUAUGAAUACAAACGCCAACAAACACGAACCAAAGAAAGUCACAUAUAAUGAGCCUCCAACUAGAAGUGGAAGGUCGAGGAGACGAGAAAAAACACCAUGUAAAACUAAAACUAGCCCAGAUAUUGAGAUUAAUCAAACUGAAAUACAUGACCAGGCUGGAGAAAAGUAUGACAGUAGAAUAGAAAGUAAUAAAAAGCCUCAAACUCAACCAGAUCAUCCUCUACUACGAAUAAAAAUAGAUAGACCAGAAACAGAAAUUAAAGUAGGCAUCACUAGCUACAGAAAAUCUAAUGAUGAUAUAAAAAAACCAAGCAGGAUCCCGAGACUUGCUGUCAAGGAAACCAAAACGGACAAUUACAACGAAUAUAGCAAUCCUGGUUCUACACUCUCAUUGAACAAUACGAAUAAAAAUGACUCGACUAUGAAAAACUUGCAAAAAAGGACUGUAGACGACAGCGCAUUAAACCGUCCCAGUACGACAAGUAAAUUAAAUAGCACACUGUAA